CAAUCCUUUCAUGUUCCAGCUAAUACCCUAUACCCCUCUCUCUCUCUCUCUCUGCAUCAAGAUUCCUCUCAGCUUACGCUUCCUCUCCUCUCCUUCGCCUCGCUCUCCAAAGACUUUCAUUUUCCUGCAACCCAAAAAGUCGAAUUGACAUAUAUACCACUCCACGCUGUAUUCCUUUCCUUCCUAGAUCUCCAUUUUAUAUACAUUUUGGAUGGGUGUGUUUUGCUUACCUUAGCUUCACCGCUUGAAAAUAAUUCUUUGGCGGUGGCAAUGGGUUCCGGGAGAAGGUGUUUGCUUCGUGUUUUGCUUUCCUUUUUUAUGGUGCAUCUGAUGUGUGUGGUAAAGAGCCAUGUAGUAUUUGAAGUUCACAACAAAUAUGGUGGCCGCGGCAGGGAGAGGGCGUCGUUGAGAUCCCUAAGAGCACACGAUUCACGGCGCCAUGGCCGAAUGCUUGCGGCAAUUGAUCUUCAACUAGGCGGAGAUGGUUCGCCCACUAACGCCGCGCUAUAUUACACAAAGAUUACUAUUGGGACUCCUCCAGUUGACUAUCAUGUGCAGGUUGACACAGGAAGUGAUAUUUUAUGGGUGAAUUGUCACAACUGUGAGCAUUGCCCCACUAGAAGUGAUCUUGAAAUACCCCUGAAGCAGUAUGAUUUGUCUGCAUCCUCCACUGGAAAGUUGAUAUCUUGUGAUCACGAUUUUUGUAAUUCUGCAUCCAGUGGACCAGAUCAAAAUUGCAUAGUUGGAAUGAACUGUGAAUAUUCUGUUACUUAUGGGGAUGGAAGUAGAACCGAGGGACACUUUGUGAAAGAUGUUUUCACAUUUGAUCAAGUGACAGGAAACAUUCAAACCUCCACAAUGAAUGGAUCCAUUGCCUUUGGGUGCUCAGCUAAACAGUCUGGAGAAUUAGGUUCAUCAACGGAGGCAGUUGAUGGGAUAAUAGGUUUUGGACAGGCAAAUACAUCCAUUCUUUCGCAACUUGCUUCAUCUGGGAAGGUAAAAAAGAUCUUUUCACAUUGCUUGGAUGGCAGCAAGGGAGGUGGAAUUUUUGCAAUUGGACAUGUGCUGCAGCCAAAAGUAAAUAGAACGCCACUAGUACCAAAUCAGCAACAUUACAAUAUUAUUAUGAAGGCAAUUGAGGUUGGUGGUCAAUUUCUAAACCUCCCCACAGACUUAUUUGACACGGGAUCAAGUAGAGGGACUAUAAUUGACAGUGGUACAACCUUGGCAUAUCUUCCAUCUGAGGUUUAUCAAAUGCUUAUGAAUAAGAUGAUGGGAAGGCAACCGAAUUUGGAUACUCACAUUGUAGAGCAGCAAUUCAGAUGUUUUUGGUACACUGAGAAUAUUGAUGAUGGAUUUCCAGUUGUAACUUUUCAUUUUGAGAAUUCACUGUCUCUGCCAGUUUAUCCCCAUGAUUAUCUAUUUGAAGUUAAAGAUAAUGAAUAUUGCAUAGGAUGGCAAAACAGUGGAAUGCAGACAAGGGAUGGAAGAGAAAUUACUUUGUUGGGAGACAUGGUGUUAUCAGACAAGCUUGUUUUGUAUGACCUCGAAAAUCAGACCAUUGGAUGGACACAGCAUAACUGUUCAUCGAGCAUUAAAGUAAGAGAUGAAGCAACUGGCAAUGCUUAUGACGUUGGCGCCCAUAAUAUAUCUUCUGCUUCCCAGCUGUGGCUCAUGCUGUGCGAGGGGGGUGCUGCUUCUAGAAACGCUCCUCCAUUGUUUGUAUCUUACUUACCAUAUACGCGGAGGGGCUUUGCAAUCCUUGAAGGGUGUGAUGGUGUAACGAGUACAGAACUUUCGUUUGUAUCUUCAUUUAUCAUGUAGCAUAUCUGAGCUCGGUGUAAUUGUAAUGUCAUUAUUCUUUGACACCACAAUGUAAUUCUUUUGUGGAGUAAAUACGUCGAUUUAUUUAUAAAGGGACAAAUAUCAUCUA